AUGUCCGUCCUGAAUUGCCUCAGGUAUCUCAUGGGCUUCCUACUCAUCGUACUACGUCAUCAAAGCAGCUCUCUUGCGUCGUCGACAAAUACCUAUUUUCAAAAGGAUACCUGCGUAUCAGUUCCUCAAGGAGCUGAUAACCCUUCAAGGAGCUCUGUUGCAAGUCCUGCACCGGAGAAAACAGGAGGUCUAACAGGGGGUAAAAGAGGUCUGGCCUAUAACGAUGCGUCCCUCACGUACCUCUUCGCGAACCAGUCCUCCGUGAGCUGGGGUUAUAACUGGGCUUCAUUCGCCAACGGCUCCCUUCCCUCUAACCUCGAAUUUAUCCCGACGCUCUGGGGUCUCGGUGAAGACGCGACGUCUUCGUGGUUUACACAGGCCUCCUCCGCCAUCAGCUAUGGAUCAAAACAUCUCUUCUCUUUCAAUGAACCCGAUAUCCCAACACAAGCAAAUCUCAAUGCAUCCGAAGCGGCCGAUGGGUUCAUACAAUAUAUGAAUCCUUUCCAUGAGCAAGCCGAGCUGGCCACUCCGUCAGUGACGAAUGGACUCGGCGACUCGCUCGGUCUUGAGUGGUUAUCAUCAUUCUUCGAUGCCUGUGCAGGGAGGUGCUUGGUCGAUGCCGUCAACAUCCACUGGUAUGGCUCGGCAGUCGACACGUCGGAUUUCCAGGCGUUCGUAUCCAAUGCCUCGGCACUGGCAACAGAAAACGGCUUUUUGGAAACGGUCCUGCCGUGGCUCGACGGCAACGACGACGUGUCCGGCUAUGCCUGGUUCAUGUGUGCCGCGGGGGACGGUAACUUGGUGAGCAGUAGUGGCGUUGUCUCUGCUUUGGGCCAACUGUACGGGUAA